CCGCGCGCAGGCGCAGAGCGCGGGAGCCGGGCUCGGCCGCCGCCGCAGAGCGCCGGGGGCGGGAGGAAAAAGAGCCUGAGAAGCCAUGGCUGUCGCCGCCGCCGCUGCCGCUGCUGCCGGCUGCUGAGGGGCUCGGCCCGCGAGCGCCUGCCUCCGCGGACGAUGGUGACCACACGCACCGGGCCGCUGCCGCCGCCGCUGCCUCCGCCUCUCAGGACGCAACAACCAAGGCCCGGCGCGGAGGAGCCGCCACUGUGAGACGCGCCGUCCCGGCCCCCCGCCGCCGCCGCCAGAGGAGAACGGGAGGCGGGCGAGAGAGCCGGGGAGUUGCGGAGCUUGCCCGCCCGCAGAGCAGCGCCGCGCCGCAGGGAGGGAGGCCGCAACCUCAGGUCUGCUCCAAGAAAAAGAAAAUACAAAACAGACAAAACAUGGCUGCAAAGGAGAAACUGGAGGCAGUGUUAAAUGUUGCCCUGCGGGUCCCCAGCAUCAUGUUGUUGGAUGUCCUGUACCGAUGGGAUGUCAGCUCCUUUUUCCAGCAGAUCCAAAGAAGUAGCCUCAACAACAACCCCCUUUUCCAGUAUAAGUAUUUGGCUCUUAAUAUGCAUUAUGUAGGCUAUAUCUUAAGUGUUGUGCUGCUCACAUUGCCCAGGCAGCACCUGGUUCAGCUUUAUCUCUAUUUUUUGACUGCCCUGCUCCUCUAUGCUGGUCAUCAAAUCUCCAGGGACUAUGUUAGGAGUGAACUGGAGUCUGCCUAUGAAGGACCAAUGUACUUAGAACCUCUCUCCAUGAAUCGGUUUACCACAGCCUUGAUAGGUCAGUUGGUGGUGUGUACUUUAUGCUCCUGUGUCAUGAAAACGAAGCAAAUCUGGCUCUUUUCAGCUCAUAUGCUUCCUCUGCUAGCACGACUCUGCCUUGUUCCUCUGGAGACUAUUGUUAUCAUCAACAAAUUUGCUAUGAUUUUUACUGGAUUGGAAGUUCUCUAUUUUCUUGGAUCUAAUCUUUUAGUACCUUAUAAUCUUGCUAAGUCUGCAUACAGAGAAUUGGUUCAGGUGGUGGAGGUCUAUGGCCUUCUCGCACUGGGAAUGUCCCUGUGGAAUCAACUGGUCGUCCCAGUACUUUUUAUGGUUUUCUGGCUCGUCUUAUUUGCGCUUCAGAUCUACUCCUAUUUCAGUACCCGUGAUCAGCCUGCGUCACGGGAGCGGCUUCUCUUCCUUUUCCUGACUAGCAUUGCUGAAUGCUGCAGCACUCCUUACUCCCUGUUGGGUUUGGUCUUCACCGUUUCUUUCGUUGCCUUGGGGGUUCUGACACUCUGCAAGUUUUACUUGCAAGGUUACCGCGCUUUCAUGAAUGAUCCUGCCAUGAACCGGGGCAUGACCGAAGGGGUGACACUGUUGAUCCUGGCAGUGCAGACCGGGCUGAUAGAACUCCAGGUCGUCCACCGGGCCUUCCUGCUCAGCAUCAUCCUCUUUAUCGUUGUAGCUUCCAUCCUGCAGUCCAUGUUAGAGAUUGCAGAUCCCAUUGUUUUGGCGCUGGGAGCAUCUAGAGACAAGAGUUUAUGGAAACACUUCCGUGCUGUAAGCCUCUGUCUGUUUUUACUGGUGUUCCCUGCGUACAUGGCGUAUAUGAUUUGCCAGUUUUUCCACAUGGAUUUUUGGCUUCUGAUCAUUAUCUCCAGCAGCAUUCUCACCUCUCUUCAGGUUUUGGGAACACUUUUCAUUUAUGUCUUAUUUAUGGUUGAGGAGUUCAGAAAAGAGCCCGUGGAGAACAUGGAUGACGUCAUCUACUACGUUAACGGCACUUACAGGCUGCUGGAGUUCCUGGUGGCCCUGUGCGUUGUGGCCUACGGCGUCUCUGAGACGGUCUUUGGGGAGUGGACCGUCAUGGGCUCAAUGAUCAUCUUCAUUCAUUCCUACUACAAUGUGUGGCUUCGGGCCCAGCUUGGGUGGAAGAGCUUCCUCCUCCGCAGGGAUGCUGUGAACAAGAUUAAAUCCUUGCCCAUCGCCACGGAAGAGCAGCUGGAGAAGCACAAUGACAUCUGUGCCAUCUGCUACCAGGACAUGAAGUCUGCUGUGAUCACGCCUUGCAGUCAUUUCUUCCAUGCAGGCUGUCUGAAGAAGUGGCUGUAUGUCCAGGAGACCUGCCCCCUGUGCCACUGCAACCUCAAAACCUCCUCCCAGCCCCCGGGGUUAGGAGCCGAGCCUGUCCCACAGCCUCACCCUGGAGGGGAGCAGAAUGCCGGGCUCCCUGGAGGCACUGCACCCCCAGACCAAGAGCACCUUCCAGGAACUCCAGCUCAGGAAGGCUCAAGGGGCAAUAAUGAAUGCAUUGCUGGAAAAGCACACAUCCAGGAAGGGGCUGUGGACCCCAGAGAAUCUCCUCCUGGAAGUGCCAAAGAAACAGCACCUGCCGCGGAGGCCACCUAGAGGCCGAUGCAGGGACAGCACGUUGCUGCCAAGCAGUAGGAGGAGUGAAUGCAACAUGGAGUUCACGCUCAGUGUUGAGGAAUGACUGUGCGAAGUGAUUGGGCAGGAAACUGACAUUCCAGGCAUCUAAUCCAGGAAACACUCUCAAUGGAGACCACCUACUUUCAUCCCCUUGACAGUUGUGGGAGGAAUUUUGCAGUGUCUGCUAAUGAAAACGUAUUUAUAUAUCCUAUGCUGAUGUUUUGUAGAGGUUUGCCAAGAAAAUCCAACUCAUCAACUUUAAAAACUUUGCCUCUGGUCUCUGAGGGAUAAAUAAACCAACUGUGUGUGUGUGUGUGUGUGUGUGUGUCUGAAAGGGGCAAAGGAAACGAGGCUAAAGAACAAGGACAGCAAGGGAAGUCGCGGGCAGAGGUGGAGCCGACUUUCCCUUGAUGUGGGACGGGGCGCUCUUGUUACAGAGGAUGGGCAACGGACUCCCCAGCCCCCUCCUGUCAGGUCCUUGGAACUCAGACAGGUUUUGGUUGAGUUUUGUAGAGCCCUGAGAUGAGAUCCAAGCUGUAGGAGUGUUGAUCGUGCUCAGAUGGAAGCCGGCACAGCCUCGGCCCAGGUUUCCGGGGAUGGGCAGGCAUGCAAGGGGGUCCCCGCAGGUGCAUUCUUGGCAUCUGAGACUCUGGAACUUUAUGAUGGAGUCUCCCGUAUUUUGAUGUAUAUGAAAUUUUUGUUAAUACAUGGUAUACUUUGUUGGCUGUGUGACGUAAACUAAAACUCUAAUGAACACUUUGGAUUCCUCUUUAGAAAAGGAGACCAAAGUGGGAGGGGCUUUAGGGCACCGAUAGAGGCCCUGGGUGUACUGUUCAAUCCUGCGUAAUGUUUAAUUCUUGCAACUGAAUCAAAACAGUGUUAAAUUACGGCAACAUUUGCACUUUGGGAAUGAGUACUUAACUGUAUGAUCACACUCUGCAAAUGCCACUUUUAAAGCUGUUAAUAGACUGCUGCACCUUUUCUUUG